UUAAGGAGAGCCGAGUACCGAUGGCGUGGAUGUCCGAGCUCGGCUUUGAAAGAGGCGAGCCCUUUUCUCCCUGCCAGUGUCUGCCUUGUUUUCCUUCUCGAGGAGAGGCGGCGAAGGACUCGCUUCCUUUCCAAGGCCUUCUCGCCGGCAGCGCAGGAGGCAAAGUCGGGGCUCGACUGAUCCGGCCUAGAGCGCGGGCGAUUUGAUGGGCUCUGGAACCGGCUCAGGGAAGAAAGACCCCUCCUCCUUUGUCCGGAGUCCGGAUGGCGUCCGCUCUGGAAGAUCCUGUUUUGAUUCGUCAUUUUAAAGGUCACAAAGAUGCAGUCACUUGCGUUGCUUUCAGUCCAAAUACUAAAGUGCUUGCCACCUCUUCUCUGGAUAGGUUUCUCAUGAUGUGGAAUUUGAGGCCAAAUUCAAAAGCCUUCAGGUUUGUGGGUCAUUUAGAAGCUGUAACUAGUGUACAGUUUUCACCAGAUGGAUACCUGUUGGCAUCUGCUUCUGAAGACCGAACCGCCAGAUUAUGGAUUCCUUGCAUCCAUGGUGAAUCCACAUCAUUAAAGGGCCAUACUGCUCCCGUCCGCAGUGUGAACUUCUCAAAUGAUAGUCAGUUUCUAGUCACUGCAUCUAAUGACAAGUCAGUGAAAGUGUGGAGCAUUUGCAGCCAACAUCUUUUGUUUUCUUUAUCCCAGCAUACACACUGGGUGCGUUGUGCAAAAUAUUCACCAGAUGGAAGAUUAGUAGUGUCUUGCAGUGAAGAUAAAACUGUUAAAAUCUGGGAUAUAAGAAACAAGAUAUGUAUUAAUAAUAUAAUAGAUUAUGAUGGUUUUGCAAACUACGUAGAUUUUAAUCCUGAUGGUACAUGUAUAGUUUCUGCUGGUUCUGAUCACACAGUGAAGUUUUGGGAUAUUCGAAUAAACAGAUUACUGCAGCGUUAUAAAGUUCACAGGGCAAGUGUUAAUUACACAUCUUUCCAUCCUUCUGGUAACUUUCUCAUAACAGCAUCUAGUGAUGGAACUCUUAAGAUAAUGGAUCUUGUAGAAGGAAGACUCUUAUACACACUUCAUGGGCAUGAGGGCCCGGUGCUUUCUGUAGCUUUUUCAAAAGAUGGGGAGACAUUUGCUUCUGGUGGCACAGAUACACAGGUGCUGCUCUGGAAGACAAAUUUUGAUGCAUCUGAAUAUAAGAAAGUUCUGGAAAAGCAUAUGCAAAGACUACAUAGUGAUGAUCCACCUCACCUUCUGGAUAUUUACCCUCGAUCCCCUCAUCGCCAUGAUGCAAAAUCACAGUCAGUUGAGAUAAAUCCCAACUUUGAUGUAACAAAUAUGCAAAUAUUAGACCCUCCUGUUGUAAAUAUCGCUUCAUCACCUACGUUUCCCCCAUCAUGGCAGUUGAGAACAAAUCCAUCUGUAGCCCAUUGGUCUAUGCACCAAAAUGGGGUGAACAAUGAAGACUUGCAGCAUCCUUCCAUGUUAUCUUCUCCAUCAAUGUUGAAAAGAAAUUUGAAAGGUGAAAUGGUGCGCACAGUGGUUGAACCAGAAACCAUGGAUGAGUCUGUGGGCAUUUCAUCAGUACUGACUAAUGCCUUGGAACACAUUGUGGAGCAAUUAGAUGUUCUGACAAUUACUGUUUCAAUCUUGGAACAGCGCCUGACUUUGACUGAAGAUAAAUUAAAAGAGUGCUUAAAGAACCAAGGGAAAGUAUUACAUUCGGUCACACUGGGAGAAGAAACAACAUAAAUGCUGGUAAAUAAAAAUCUUCAGAAACCGGCAAGAGCAAUCAAGCUAUUAGGAAAAGGAAAUGAGCAGCCUGGUUACACAGAACAUAUUGUACCUUUCAAAUAUUAACCAUUGUUAAUUGUCUGUUGCCCCAGACAGAGUGACUACAAGCCACCACAUGAGAAAUGAACUUGGCCCACAAAGAAACAACAGUUUCAACAAGUCCUUCAUAUAUGGAAAAAAAUGUUUUCCUGCUGAAAAAAACCUCUCAUUAACAUUUUCUUGUACAGUAGCAAAGGAACAUUGAGAAAAAUCUUAUGAUGACACACAUUCUCCUCCCCCUCAAUUUCUCCCCAAAGAAUUCUUUACGACAUGUCUAUUCUGUUACUUUUCUAUGGUGUGAACUCCAUAUGUACAUACCUACCUAUACUAAGUAUUUCUAGAACAAGUAAGAGGAAUGUGUUUCUUUAUCAAAAUAGCAAAUAUGCACCCUUUGAGAUUUAGAAUUCUAAUCACUGACUUACACUGAACAACAGAAUUUAGUUGGCAAGCCAAUCAUGCAUACAUAAAUGUACAGUAAUGGAGGAAAACAUAUUGGAACUAAUAUGCCUGUUGAUUAAAUAAGAAUAUUUAUUUAUAUUUAUGCUGGUAUUAUGUAGUCCAAAGUGAAAGUAUCUGAAUCAGUGCUUCAUAGAAAAUUGAUUUUAAAAAAAAUCAAAGGAAAGAACUAAAACCUUGGGACAAAUUAUACCCCUAAAAAUGUUAUAGGUUAUAAAGCAAGCUGCAUUUUUAAAGAAAUUGUAGCCAUAAAUAUGUAACUGGUAAUUCUAUUUAUGGUAUAAGUGAUUAAUAUCAAAUGUACAAGGAUGGACAUUGGGCUAACAUUUCAUCUUGGGAUUGUGCAAAGCUGCCCCAUUUUGAAAAAGAGAUUGUAAGGCUAGAAACAUAUAAGAAGUGAAGAAACAGAAUCAAAACAGAGCAUCUCUUAAAAGCAUUAAAGUGGGAAGGGUAGGAUUAUGAUAAUGAAUUCUUAAUGUAUUUCAAUCUAUCUACUUUAAUAUUUGGGGACUUUUUGAAUAAACUUGUUUAAGAUAAUGGUUCGCCUAUUUGGUAGUUGAGAUAAUUGAUAACUAAACCACUCUCUGGACUCUAGAGAAAAUUAACAAAUUUUCAAUAUAGUGUUUUUAGCAGAAAGGAAAGAGCAGUUGUAAUUUUAAUUUAAUCCAUUAAAAAAAUCCUGUAAUGGAUAGUUUAUCUUCCCUUGAGUCAAUGUGACUGUUCUCUUCUGGAUGUUCUCUAAAUUUCUUUAGAUAAAUGUCAAGUGACUACUUGCUAUUUGCAGAAAAAGACACUAUAACACUUAGCAUAAUAUUUAAACAA